CUUUCUUCAUAAAAAGUGGUUCUGUCUCCCUUACCUGAAAGAUUUCUUCCGAUUGUACCUUUGCGUUCCCUGAUUACUAGCACAUUACCUUACACCAAUAUCUUCGUUAUUGUUCUCUUUUUUUUUGUUGCGCUCCUUAGCUUUUUUUUUCUUUCUUUGUAUUCCUCUCGAAUUUUCAUUGUUUUGUGUGGCGCAUAUAUAUUGGCGCUCUCUUGUACCAAUAUUCAUGUGUCCAAAUAAAUAAAUUCCCCCUCCUUUACGCUUUUGUAUUCUGUCGGCCCUUACUAACGUAAAACCCCCGAAAACAAGUUCCAUACUAUCUAUAGCCUGUGUCAGCCAGGUUUCUGUAACUGCGAUUAUGUCUGGCUUUGUAGAGUCAAUCUGUACACCUAGUUCCGAUCGCUUAUUAAGUAAGCUCCGGGCAUUUGUGUAGCAGAUCCGAAGCCUAUUUAAUUGGCUUCGAGCUUCACCCAGAGUGGCUUCGGCAUCAUUCCCUGUCGAAGCCUCACAACCCGAAAAUUUACAAUUUUUAGGUCUUUUUCGCCAGCGUCUAACCUAAGUUGUAGUUCUUUUUCGGCUUCCUGUCUUUUUACACGGUCUGCCAACGGUAAGUCCUUUCGUAUAAAGACUCCUGAACCCUUUAAUUUGUGUCUAUUCUGUAAAAUUAGGUCACGUUCGUUCGAAGAGUUGAAUACUACUUUAAGCAGUCUGGAAUGAUUUAGUUUCAAGUCUGCUAGACUCCCUAGUCUGUACACCUUUAGCAAGGUGACCCCGGUGAUAUUUUGAGGCAUGAGUUGAUUGAGCAGCUGCUUAGUCAGCACAAUGUCAUGCUCAAAACGAGCUUUAGGUUCAGAGCUCUCGCUCUCCUUGAUUCUAUGAAAAAUAGCUGAUCUGUCGCUAUGAUCAGCCUUCGAUUUUACGACUACUUUCGCGGGGGUAGGAUUACCUUUUAUAUCGCUACUUUUUUUCUUCCUUACAACCUGUACCCACUCAUCAACCGUGCUGGGAGAAGCAACAACAGUUGCAUCAAACCUAGUGUUGGAUUCUGGGGGGUUGUCGACGACCUGAGAGGUCAGGUUAUGUUUACCGCUUGAAACUGACCGAGCCUUGUGAUCGCGGCUUCUAGGCGUUUCCGGCGGGAUCCCAUCUGGGAGACGGGGAACAGAAGAACCUACUUUCCUUGAUCUUUUGUUUAAGACAGGCCCCUUUGGAGACUGCUUUUCCUUCUUUAACCGGCGUGAGUCAUCUACCAUCGAAGUAACCUUAGUUUGCCUCAUGUCGAUUUGUGUGUCGACAGAUCGAGUGCUGUUUGACGUGUUCCGACUACGCUUGCUAAAACACUUCUUUGCAGCAUCAACCAGUGAGAUGGCCUCGGUUAACAGGCUGUUUGCAUCCGAACAGCACUGUUGACAAAGCCAUACGCAACCUUUCUUACUGAACCGUCUGAAAGCCGCAGGCGCUAAGUUCGUGCAAACUUCGUGGUACCAGCUUUUGCACUCGUCGCACUGCAUGCCGCUUUCAACGGGAUAACGACAACCCGGACGUUGGCAACUGCUUUUUUUACACUGUCGGUCAUUUUAGAAAAAGUCCUUUUCAAAAAGGAACGAGAUGCGAUGAUACUUAGAAACAAAAAAAUAAUCAAUGACCAAAAAGUGAAGAACUGUAGAUUGUUAGGACCAAAAGUACUAACAGAUACAAUUGAAAAUGAGGUACUUAAGAGUACCAACGACAAAACUAAUUGAGAGAACGGUAAAAACGGUACUCUAGUCGAAUACUUUAACUGAAAUGAAUUCAAUUAAAGUGAAAACAGUAGUCUUGAUACGUAAUAAACGAUCAAAACAAUGAAAUUUACUCAACGAGGAAAAAUACCACUGUAUUUUUUAAAAAAAAAAAUGCUUUUUGGGGGAAAAUCUCAAAAUAACCCUAAAAUCGGGCAUAUAUCUCUCAAUUGAUAUGUCUCUCACAUAGGGUCUAUUUUAUAUAAUCGUAAAUCUAUUUUAAGCUGUUUUUUGUGUGGAUCGGGAUUUUUUCCGCAACAGUCAUUGCCUCCAUUUCUAACUUCAUCGUAUUCCAUACAUAUAUAUGUAUGGAAUACGCAUGUGUGGCUACACAUAUGUGUAUCUAUCCAAGGGCAACCAAUGUCAAUAAUUUAGUGGACAUACGUCGUACUGUUCCCUUUUUCGCUAACUUGCAGAAGUGUAAACUCAACCUGUAGUUGCCAAGAUGACGCACGGAUGUUACUAUGCACGUAUUAGAAUAAGCUCUUCUGGUUAUUAGUAUACAAAGAUAGGUUUCAGAUGUCAGUGCUAACGCUCACGCUACCCAAAUUUACAAAUUCAGUUGUGAUUGAUGAUUCAUCACUGGGAAAUAAUGCAAAUGAAACAGUAAUUUAAUUAACAUUAACUAUGUGACAUUUUGGUCAAUUAAGGCUUGUCGUUAAGGCUCCUAAACCCUAGGUAGGUUUUGUUUAUGUUUUCUAAAAAUAGUACUCUUAGUAAGUCAAAAGAAAUCAACAGAUCUCGAAAGCCAUUUGAAAUGCAAUAUGUCCUAAUUAGAUACUUUAAAAGUAGCGUGCGACUUGCCUCACCAUUAAAUUACUUAUUCAAAGGCAUUUUCCUAUUCCACAAUUUUCUUGUCUUUAUUCUGGAGGAUUCAGAUUAUGACUAAUCUUUGAACUUAGAAGUGACGUUCGCAAUACCUAGGUCUUAGUUAUUGGUAAAUUAUUCUGUUCUUAGGUCUGUAGAGGAGUCCCUGAUAGUACAGACUGGUUUUCAAAUUUACCGCUUGUCAUGUAGUGAUGGGGCCUUAUAACGAACGAUCCAUUUCGCCAGUUUCAACUUAUCUCUCUUUAGUCGUGGUAAUAUGGUGCAGUUCCAUAAUAUGUCAACCGCCUGAUUGUUUAGACAUGUUGAAUCUCGUAUAAGGUCUGGAAUUGUGAUGUUUGUUCUCAGUAGUUAGUCUUUGUCAUAUUUGAGUCAAAAUGAUCCAGUCAGUCAACAUUGUUAACGAAGAGUGCGUUUGUAAUAGAAAUAAUGACAUUUGUAAAAUUUCAAUCAGUAAAACAUUGUAUUUGUGACGUCCUCCAACCUAGUUGGUUCUUCAGAAAAUAAAUCAAGUUAAACUGACUCAAGUCCAAAUAGAACAGAGUAAACAAGGCAGAGUAUUUGUAUUACAAUCAAAGUUAAGACUUAUCCAAGCAUGUUACGGUUAUGUAGUUUCAGGCACGGUAAUUCUUCGUGAGAAUUACUUGUAUGUACAUUAAUUAGCGGGGAAAAUGUGAAACUUGUUAUGUGAAAGUAUGCUCACUUUUUAACUGCUCGUUUUCAGCAAUUUCUUCAUGAAAAGUAAGCUUAAUAAUUUAUUUUUGUGAAUAAGUCAUUACAAGCUGCUCUAUAAUUCUAGGGAUUUAUCAUAUCUGGAGUUGUAACGCGUAUAGUUUACAGUUGACAUUAACUAUACAUGCCCAUUCAAUUUUUAUCACUACAUUCCAAGAACUAUUUGUCUAACAAUUAUUCAAACUCUUAAAUCUUCGUGCCAUAGUAUUUAUCUUGGUCAAAAAUAAACGUCAAGCUGUGAAGACAUUAAAUGUUGAGUUGAGCCGCUUAAGGAUAUUAAGAUAUCUAUGCGAAUCAGCUACUGUUAUUGCUUAAUAUUCUCCGGACACUGCUUCACCAGACAAGUUUUCAAAUCAGAACACGGUUGAAUAGGAACGAGAUUAUAUUCCACAUAACGAAGUUAAGUAUAAGUGACAGUCAUACUGUGAAAACGUUUAGUAAUUUUAUAAUUUAUAUAAUUUAUAUACCUUUUAACUCUGGUCGGCCAAAAACAGGUCAAUCAGCGUGUCGUAACAUCGUUCUGCUUGGAACAUGCAUUAAUCCAAACUAUGGUCUGCGGACGGGGAAUGUAUAAAUUCCUUAGUUAUUUUUGGAAGCAUAAAUAUUAUCAAUAGUGAAAAAUGUAAAUUAGUGCAAGUGGCUAAGAUAUACGGGUUAUCCUUUGGUUAAUUUUGAACUUUAUGCUUAUCCAUGCUUUCCUCUUAUUUCUUCUGAACUACUAUUCUUAUUUUUAGUUUUGAUUUGCCGUUAGUAUCAUUUUUAUUGUUUGCACCUUUUUCGCAAUCUGUUAGUUUCUUCUCACUCCAUUGAUAUGUGAUAACUUUAAUUGAUAAACAUUUGCAUCAGUUCAUGCAUUUAUGCUUGCUCAUCUGUUCGUUGAUCUUCACCAAUUGCGUAACAAUUUGAAUAGUCUCACAUUUGUGUUUCAAGACGGAGUUUCUUCUCAGCAAUAUUCGUUAUUCAGAAUUAAAGUUAAUAUUUGUACUAUUUUCGCCGUUUGCUUUUUCACUAACCGCCUUCAUCAUUUAUGUUUUUCAGGACGUCAUAUUAGUCACCAGUAGUUCUUUAUCUAUCACCAAUGUAUUGUUUAUUUUUUCUUGUUCCAGAUUCCUUGAUAUUCAAACUUAUCAUAUUAAAGUGUUGUUCAAGAUUCCCUGAGACAAGAAUAUUCCAACUAUCCUAUUUAGUUAAUUUAUUCGAUUGUAAUUAAGUAGAACUAUGGGUUGUGUUUAAAGUUUGUUGAUUGUAAUUGCCAUUUACAAUAAAUUAAUUUCUUUGUAUGAAUUAUCCAAUUAAGAUUAUUCUUAUAUAAAACUAUCAUCCUUUUGUUUGUAAGACAUGAGACUUCCGUUUGCUUAAAAAGUACCUUAGUUACUGUCGAUUAGCUGAACUUAGUCCUCAGUUCCGCCUAUGUCAACUGUCAGCAGAAGUUAGACGAACUAUGUUUGUGUCGCGGUUAGCACUUGUAUCAAAGGGAGUGCCCAAAAUUAUUCGUCUAUGUGGCAAGAAAUUUGCGUACAAAAUAAAUACAAAAGAACAACAGUGUUAUAAAGCAUUACUUUCCGAAACCUGGGAAUCGGUUUCUCAUCAGCACUUUCCAAAUGCAGAAUCCUCAACAGUUUUAGAAGACAGAAAUGUAGAUGAUCUUCCUGUUCAGAGUUCCAGGAGUAAAACUACGGACUUUACAAGGACCCUUGCCCCAGAGGAUUUGAACAAAAUUUAUUCUGACGAAGAUCCAUCAUUGCCACCUUUGUCUAUUACAUGCUCAGGAUGUGGAUCACCGUUACAUAGUAAAGCUGCAGGAUAUCCAGGUUUCAUACCCUCGACUGAAUAUAAAAGCAUUAUGUCCAGUACGGGGCGGUCACUUUCUCGUUCUAAAUACAGAAAACCUGUGCUCACUCUUUGUGUACGUUGUAAUCUACUUCAAAAACACACUGAAGCGUCGAAAGUAUAUACUUUUGCAUAUUAAUCCUAAAUAGAAUUUAGGAAACAAUAAAUGAGUCAUCUUUUCUGACUAAAGUAACCCAGGAAAUACAAAAAUACGAAGAUGCGGUUUUAAUCGUUAUUGCCGAUGUGGUUAACCUUCCACAUUCUUUGAUUCCGGAAUUACAUACAGAAUUAAAGGGCAAAAGGUUAGUUCUAGCUAAUUAUUGUUUUCAAUCCUAGGUAUGUGCUCGUUGGUAACAAGGCUGACCAGUUACCAGGUGAUGGACCGCAUUUCAUAGAGAGGUGGUGUUCAGCGUUGUUGGAAGCAGCGAUUUCGAGGAGCAAAAUACCAGAAGAGAAUAUUAAUCACAUCUCCAUCAUUAGUGCAUUGACUGGUUAUGGUAUACCAGAACUAAUCGACUUCCUGUUAUCUAAACGUUUUCAUUGUAAAAGUCCAAUAUAUUUGAUAGGUUCUACAAAUGUCGGAAAGUCUAGUUUAUUCAAUCGUUUAUUAUUGUCAGAUUUAUGUAAAUCAGAAGCCAAAGAAUCUAUUCAUCGAGCUACAAUAUCUUCGUGGCCAGUUAUCCUCAACAAAGGUCAUCAUUAUUAAUUCAGAUGUCAGCUUUAUUGAUUCAUGUCAUGUUUACAGUUAACAACUGGUAUACCAAUUCCAGUCAACAUAGUUCAAAACAACUUAGAAAUAAUUAGUGGAAAUAAAAUACUCACGGUCAAGAAAUAGCAGAAAUUUGUGUUGUCAUGGUCAAUUUUCACUGUGUUAACAUGUAAUUUGUAUUUCUAUCUUGAUUGUUGAUUAUUUAUCCGUUAUUUCAAUCGGGGGUUAGUAAAUACCCCAUUGAUAACUACUAUUCAGUACAUAACUUUCUUAUAAUAGUCUAUGCUUGCACUAUAAUUCUACUGUUCAGGUACUACAAUGGGCCUCUUAAGUUUUCCAUUAACCUUAAUGAAUUCAGCUAAACGUGGUCAGCGUAUACAAUCACGUUAUGAACAAUCAUAUCAAAAGACUAUACAAAAUAGAGAAUGCAGUUCAUCACAUGGUUUCCGAUAUUUGAAACCAAAAGAAAUUGUUUCUGGUAUUUGUGACAAACGGUCGGCAAACUAUUAUGCAGCAAAAAAGGCUCGUGAAACGCUGCCGGAUUUGUCUACUAUGCCAACAUACACAUGGAAACCUAAUGAAAAUUCAAAUUCCAACAAAUCUGGGAUUUGUGUUGGUAGUGAGUUCGGAUUAGAACAGUUGGCUUCUGAGUUAUUUUCUGGAGAUAUUUUCAUUGACAAAGCUUCUUGGGAUGGAGAUCAAAGUACUCGAUUACUAACAAAUAUAUUGAAUCCAAGAUAUUUCAAUGAUCAUGCAUGGUGUUAUGAUACUCCAGGUGUUUUUUGUAAAGACCAGGUAAUUCUUAUUCUUGUAAACAUUUUGAUUUGAUAUAAUAAGUUUAAAUAUUAGUCACUAGAUGAUUAGAUAUACAUAUCAAAAUGUGUAGAUUUACUAUAGGAUUGACCCAAUCUGGACUUAGAAAACAACUUUUGAAGUUUUGCGCAAAAGUAGAUGAUUCUUACGUUAUAUUCUAUGAAAAGCCUUUGAAUAAUUGAUAAGAAAAAACUUUUUUUACUGUCAUACAUGAGAAACGACAAUGUAGGAAAAAAAGCACAAGAAAUACAUACUUUUGACGAUCCAACUCUCCAGGAAACUACUUUAUAAGUGAGUUCACCGAACUACAACGAGCUGGCAGCUUGGUAUUGCUAAAAUCUAUCACUAUUUCCACCCAAAUAUUGGUAUCUGAUAUCUCCAUCUUACUUACUGUAGAGAAUUUAUUCAUUCAAGAUUUUGUGGACGAUGUGGAAUUCCAUCUAAAUUUAUUUGCAAAAAGAAGCAUUCGCACUCAAAUAAGUGAGAUUCUGCGAUGGUAUUUCUCUUAAAUAUAUAAUUAGAAAACUGAUAAUAGACCUUGAAAAUCUAGCAAGUCUUCCAAUACCGCUGUACUCUUACAGGUUAAAAUACUUCUCUGAGGGGAGUUUCGAUUUAUAUAGACUCUCUCUAUAUUGAUUGAAAAGUGCCUUCAAAAUCACACGAUCAUUGUUAACAUUACUACCGAACCAACCCUAUGGUAUAUUGUCACCGUUACUAUAAUCUCUUUUUACCCUAUGCUGACCAGCACAGGGAUUGGUUGGUGUUAGUGAAACAUAGAUUGGAUUAAAGCAUGCUUCGUGCGCGAUUGUGUUGGUGUACGCUGAUUGGCUAUUUCUUAUUCAAUCAGUGCUAGUCUAUAAAUAUACUAACGUUUCUCUUAUUGUGCUUCUUAUUUGGGAUGUAAUUUCUUUCCUGUUAAACCGUGUUCUGAUUUUGGGACUUGUCGAGUGAAUAGGUGUCCAAGAAUACUAAGCAAUAGGAAUAGCUGGGUCGUAAAAAGAGAAAAUUAUAACAGUUGGGAAAGGACUAUGUAAAGCAAAAUCAAGAUGUGAAAUCAGUGCAUACAGUUUUUGACUGAUAGUAUUAACUAGCUAGAGGGGUUAACAAGACAAACACAUAGUUGGAGAAUUUAAGUGAUGCAGUUCAAAAUCAGUCGCAGUGACACGGGAAUAUUCAUUCUUUCAGUAUCCUUUGAAUUUCAAACCAAGUAAUAUUUCAUACUUAUGUACUAUUUUGCUAAGUCGGACACUUGUUAAGUAUGAUGACGAAAUGAAAGUUUUAUAUAUCAUAUCAAUGUAAUUAAUAUUUAACUAAUCACCUCUUAUCAUACCACGUACUUGUUUAUAUGACCUGAAAACACAUUUCUAUCAGACAAUUUAGUUGUGUCCUUGUGGAUGUGUCAAGCGUUGUUGUUUGUUUUUUUCGUCUCGUUCUUUCAAAUAAGUAACCCAGUUUAUUCUCUUUAUCAUUUACCUAACACAUACAAGCACAUUUUGACUUGUAAUUGAGUUAUAAAGGAAAAAAAAUAGAUAAGCAAAUUUCCGAAAUUUUAAGUUAAUUAUAAAAUGUACCAUUGAUAAUUAGUAAAAUUAUUAGUUCACAACAAUUAAGGAAAAUUAUUUUGCACCAAAAAUUUAAUUACCUGAAACUCUUAGUUCACCAUUAAUAUAUCUUUGACUUGAGCUCUAUAGUUUGCAAACAUUUGCUCUUGUGUUAAUUAAAAGACUUAAUUUGAUAGUAAUCUUUAAUACGCGCAGAAGUAAUUUAAAGAAAAAAAAUAUAUUAAAACUGCUCAGUUAUGAGUUAUUUUCUUUUGGAGUAAUUUUUUCUCACAAAGUCUAAAGGGAAAUAAAUCUUGUUCCACUAUUUACCCCAUGCUUAUCGUUUCACUGAAUUCGAUCAGUCGCAGUUGAUAUACUGAUUCCCUGAUAUUGAACGCAGUUACAAGUAUGUUUUCGGGAAGUGACUAACAGCAAGAUUCGGAAUGGGAGGAAUUUCGUUCUGUGUGGGUUAUUUUACCGACAAAACAAGCUAUUGUCUGUCUGGAUUCAAUAGCUUAAUAGAUAAUUCUUAACUAUCUCUCAUCAAACUUAUUACAUUCUAUGACUAAUUACAAAUCAGAGGGAACUGGUAUUUUCCACUUACCGAAUGGUGUAAAUAAUAAAGUUUUAAUUCCUCGUACAUUCGUCAUGCGGCCAGGUUUGACACUUUUAAUGGGAUCACUUGGUCGUUUAGAUGUUUUGAAAGCUCCAAGUUCUGUUUAUCUUACCACUUUUUCUCAUCUUCCAAUUCAUAUUGUAUCUACAAAAGAAGUUGAUGAGUAUAAAAGUCGAUUCUUCAAAUUUCUUAUGCCAAAAAUUAAAAAUAAUUCUGUAUAUACUGAUAAUAAUUACAAUAAUACAGCUGGACCUUGUGGUUUACUACCACCAAUGCAAUCAAAAAAUCUUGAUCCUAUUGAAACUUUACCUAAUUUAGAUCAGUCCAACAUAGAUGUUGUUUUAUCCGGAGCAGGUGAGUUAUUUCUUAUUCUCAUGAAUUUAAAUUACAUUACACGUUACUUAUAUAGGCAUUUAAUCUAUAUAUUUUUAAUUAACAGAAUGAGGAUUUGUGGAGAUUGUAGUAAUUUUAAUAGUUGAAUUCAUGAGUCGAUCUGCGCUACUCCACCAUUUAAAACUUGGAAGCACUGGAUAGCCGUUUCGUCCCGGUAUAGGACUCCUCAUUAGUGCAUGCCCAAAAUCCCACACCAAGCGAACUCGAACCCAGGACCUUCGGUCUUGCGUGCGAACGCUUAACCUCUGGACCGCUGAGCUGGCAUCCAAUGGUGUUAAUAUCUCUUUAAUCGAUUUCGACCAUGUAUAUUUUACUUACAACUAUUGUGUGAUGGGGAUUUGAAGACGAGAAAUGAAAGUUACUGGAAUAACGUAUUUUGUUUGUUGGAAGUGAUUGUAAAUGCAUGUCUAAAAUAUCAAGGGACCAGAUGCUUACCCUUUUUUCUUGAAUCCUUGUCACACAGUUAGAUACACUCAACUGAAACAAUUUGGAACAGAAGUGAUUUCCUGUAGAACUCAAAUAUUUUAAUCAACUGAUCAUUAAAGUCAUCAAUACCAUCCUAUUCAACUACUCACUGUGUCCACUGGAUACGGAUUUGACUCCACUGGUCAUGAGUUCUCAUAGAUCGAUUGAAGCUAGACAUUGACACCGUUGGAUGCCGGCUCAGUGGUCCAGAGGUUAGGCGGUUGCACAUAAGCCCGAAGGUCCUGGAUUUGAGUCCCUUUGGCGCGGGGUCGUGAAUGUGCACCAAUGAGGAGUCCCAUACCAGGACUAAAGGGCCGUUCAGUACUUCCAGGUUUUUAAUGAUGGUCUAGAUUAGACUGACUCGUUUUUAGUCCUUAUACUUCUUCUGGGAAGUGUAAUAGUUAACUAUGCUAACUAACUAUUCAAGCAAAAUAUAG